AUGAUAGCCUAAUUUCUUUAACUAUUUCAUUGUUUGUUUUCUUAUCUGGUAUACGUAUAUACACGUUAAAGAUAAAAGGUUAGAUACAAAUAUGUCACACUUCAAGAUAUAUUUUGUAUGUGUAAUUGCCUCCUGUCUCAUCCUAGGCAAAGUGAAUGGAUCAUGCUGUCCAGAUGGGUGGACGACUUUUAAUGGCUCGUGUUAUUUCUUCGGCCACCAUGACCUAGAUUUCCAGGAAGCUGAGAGAUUCUGCACCCACUAUGACGCCAAUUUAGUUGUUAUUGAGACGUCAUCCGAAAACACUUUCAUUAAAAGUCAUCUUCAAACUUUAAAAGAUGCUCGACACUGGAUUGGCCUGACCGAUGAGAUUAUAGAAGGAGCGUGGACAUGGUACAAAAGCUCUAGCAUUGCAAGCUUUACAGACUGGGGAGCAGGUCAACCCAACGAGGGUAGCGUCGGAAACUGUGCUGCCAUAUGGGCCGGCUUCAAGUACCAAUGGGUCGAUGAAGCAUGCACACAUCUUUUUAAACCGCUAUGUGAGAGAAGGGCAAAUGUUGAGGUUGAAAUUAUCGGGAAAUAGGACAGGACAUUAACCUUCUGAAGAUAUUUUUAUUGUCUAACUUGAUUUCUGUGCAUUCAGUUUUCAUUACUAUGCUUUGAAAAAUAAAGUUUGAAUAU